CGGUCCCUCAGAAACACACACACACACAGUUUGUCUAUUACCCGGUCCGAAUAUUUCGAUGAACCCAGAUUUCACGCCUCCCGAGUCGAUGCCUUCUUCUCUUUUCUCCCUUCGCUGUAAUAAAAACAAAAUUCCUUUCCUCCAAGUCCAACCUUCAGUAAGAACACAAUUCCGAUUUUCUACUAAUUUCCUUAAUUAUAUCCACUUAUUUAAACCUCCGCAUUUUUUUUAUUUUAAUAUCCAAUAUCCCUUACUCAAAUUUGGAAAUUUCCAUUUUUUCCUCCAACUUAUUCUUUUUAAAAAUUAUUUUUAAACCCCAAAGAUAAAUCUCGAUCUCUUUAAUUUUUGGCGUCAGAAUCUUUCUUCUUCUCCUCUUCACUAUUUCUCUUUUUUUCUCAACCAAUCUAUACGUUCUUUCCCUUUUUGAUAUCUGUUAUUACUGUAAAAUCCUUUGAUUUCUCGAUUAUUUUUUGUUCUCGGUACCAUCGCCAUCUAUUUUUAGUGAUUUUUUUCUAUUGUGGGUUUGGGGUGGGUGGAUGACGCAAUUCAUGCGGUGGGUUCUAAUUUCUGCAACUGGGUUGAACUCAUUUUUGUAUGAUAAGAAGGUUUUCUGAAGCUCAAUUGUGAGAGGGAGAGAGGUGGGCACUUUGAUUGGAUAAAUGUGAAAGGAAUUGGGUUUUUGGAUGUGAUUUUUUCGUUGCUGUUGUUUCUGGGUUGUGAUUUGAUUAAAUGCUCCUAGGUGGGGAUCUAGGGUUUUUAGCUAGAGUAGUUGUGGCGGGAUUGGUGGUUGUCUUUGCUCCGGUUUUUGGGUUUUUGGUCCGCCGGAAAUGGCGGCGGUCGGUGGCCAGGCAGGAGGAGAUCAGACGGCUUCUGAUUUUGGCUUCGGCUUCUGAGGAGAUUGAGAGGGAGGAAUUUGAGGCCGAAACUGGGUUUAUCAGUUAUGGUGAUGGGUUUAGCUAUGGCUUCCGGUCGGCCUUGGACGUGGAGGCAACCGGAGUAAUAAAGGAAAUAAAGCAGGAAGAGGAGCAGCAUCAUGUUGAAUCAAUGGGGCCCGUGGUGGAAAUGCCCGUUCAAGCUCCGGAUAGGGUUCAGUUGCCGUCCGGCUGUGCGGCCUGCGGUUUGCCCACCACCCGGCGAUGCGCCCAAUGCAAGGCUGUUAAAUACUGCAAUGGCAAUUGCCAGAUCAAACAUUGGAGGGAAAGCCACAGAAAUGAAUGUCGACCCUUCCCAGCUAGUGACCAAAGCCAUGAAAUGUGGGACUCUUCUUCGUUGAAACCGUCAAAGAACAAAGAGAGUGAAACCCGCAGCAAUGUAGCUCCGACAGGUGAUAGACAUCUUCCUGACACAGCUGGAAGGCAUCCUAAGGAACCCAGAUAUCCUGAUUCCGAUAUCCCAGAGUCGUUGGGCAGGGAUGAGUAUGCUGCUACAGAGAUAUUUACUGAAGAAAAUGCCUCACAUUCUUCUUUAUCAUCUUCGAGUGCUGAUGGAUGCUCUGAGUCCUCUUCGGGACCUUCUACACCCUCUUCUGGAUUUUGGGAUGGUGAUUUACAUUCACGAGGGACAUCACCUUUCACUCCUGACCAGGGUAGAUCUUUUCUCUCUCAGAAAGGUGUUGCAGGAAAUGUUGACAAUAUAGUCUUACCAGAGAGGAUUUCUCCUCCUGUAUCUGUAAUCAAGAAGCCAACAAAUGGAUCAUCUGAAGAAAUAAAAGUGAAAGUGAAUAAAGGUUGUCUGGAUACCCAAAGGUCAUUAAGAAUAAGUUCUGAAACACAUGAGGCUGUUAGAGCCAGUAUUUCCAAAAUCGCAAAAGUGGCAACUCGAGCGGAAGCUGCUCUCAGUUUAGAAUCUGAAGCCAGUGUUUUGUCAUCCGGAAUAAGUUCAGAAACAGUUGAAGACGUUACAGCCAAAAAUUCCAAAUCCGUGAAAGUGACAGAUUGUGAGAAGACUGCUCGAAGUUUAAAAGCUGAAGCCUGUAUUCUGUCUCCAUCAACUGUCACUAAGCAAAGUACCAAAACUUCCAGCCAAAGAAGUAUCUCCCAGGAAAUAAAAGCUUCUGAUGAUGUGAUUGUUUCUGACCUUGGAAGGCACCCGGUUCAAACUGUGAAAUCUGUCAAAGCUGAGAAAGCUCAUGGCUUCCCUCCUUCCUCUACAGAUUCUCAUGUUGUUACACAGAAUGGUGCAGAUAACAUCAAACCCUCAGUGUGGAAGGUCGUUGACCAACUCAGAGCAUCAAAAUUAGCACGAUUGAGUACGGUAGGAGUUGCUGUUGAGAAUGUUACAAGAUACAAUAGCAAGGGUCUAUUUCCAUAUGAUAUGUUUGUGAAACUUUAUCACUGGAACAAGGUUGAACUGCGUCCAUGUGGGCUUGUUAAUUGUGGGAACAGCUGCUAUGCUAAUGUUGUCCUCCAAUGCAUGUCUUUUACUCCACCUCUCACGGCCUAUUUUCUUCAGGGGCUGCAUUCUAAAUCUUGCCAAAAAUCAGACUGGUGUUUCACUUGUGAGUUGGAGAACUUGAUUCAGAAAGCUAAGGAGGGAAAUUCUCCUAUCUCUCCGAGUCGAAUUAUAUCCCAAUUGCAAAACAUUGGCAGUCAACUUGGGCAUGGAAGAGAAGAGGAUGCGCAUGAGUUUCUCAGGUGUGCCAUUGAUACUAUGCAAGAUGUUUUCUUGAAGGCUGCUGGGGUCACUGCAUCAAGCUCCUUGGAAGAAACAACACUUUUGGGGCUUACAUUUGGGGGUUACCUGAGAUCGAAGAUAGAAUGCAUGAGGUGUGGUGGCAAAUCUGAGCGGCAUGAAAGAAUGAUGGAUCUGACAGUUGAAAUAGAGGGAGAUAUUGGAACCUUAGAAGAAGCGUUGCGGCAGUUUACCCAUACAGAAACUCUAGAUGGUGAAAAUAAGUACCACUGCAGCAGAUGCAAAUCUUAUGAGAGAGCCAAAAAGAAAUUGAGAGUGUUGGAAGCGCCGAAUAUUCUUACUAUUGCUCUCAAGAGAUUUCAGUCGGGUAAGUUUGGGAAGCUGAACAAAAUGAUCAAGUUUCCGGAAAUUCUAGAUCUCGCCCCGUAUAUGAGUGGCACCAGUGACAAGUCCCCAAUCUAUCGGCUAUAUGGAGUCAUUGUACACUUGGAUACCAUGAAUGCUUCAUUUUCUGGGCAUUACGUUUGUUAUGUUAAAAAUUCUCAAAACAAGUGGUUCAAAAUUGAUGACAGCACGGUAAAAGGUGUGGAACUUGAGAGGGUCUUGACAAAGGGUGCUUACAUGCUCCUGUAUGCCAGGUGCUCACCACGAGCUCCGAGGCUAAUAAGGAAGUCAAAGCAUCAAGAUUCUAAACCACGAGAUACGAUCAGGGGUUCUUGGGAUGCUUCUUGUAAUAAUUCAAAGAGUGAUGAAAACUUUAGUCCCAACUAUUCGCGCUUCAAUAUAUCUCGUCAAAUUUGGGAGGAUUCUUCCAGUGACAAAUCAUCCUCACUCUUCUCGGAAGCUCCUUCUUGCAGUACGGAGAGCACCAACCGUGAUUCAACAUGUGCGGAUGAUUUUUUCGCUGACCAGAUACUUGAAGAUUCGGGGGGAUUGUGGGGUGGUUCUUGGAGAAAUUCCUCUGAUUCAGAGACUUCAUCAUCGUCAUCUUCUCCUUCACCCUGGUCUUUGAGGCAUGCAUCCAUCGAUCUAGAAUCAUAUGCUUCAAGGUAUCCGGGAACAAGGAGUGAACAUUAUUCCGAUUCUGCUGUUUCAGCUUCAGCAAGUCAACACAAUUCGAGGCUUUCUCACCAAUGUGAAGUGGAGGUCACAGAAGGUGAGGGAAGAACUUUUUUGCGUCAUGACUCGAGUAAACAGACUAGAAAGUUAGGUAGCUGUAGUAGUUGUAGGGAGAGCGGCUCCAGUAAGUUAGGAUGGGCUAAUCCUUUUGAGAACUUCAAAUCUAAUGUAACUUUUAGACGGUCGACAAGGGGAUGAUCAUUCAGAUUGAACAUCCAUCCCGCUAUGCAUAUGAAGUUGCUAAGUUAGAGUUCUUCGGAAAAUAAUGAACUUGUAGAGGGGGGUGGUGGGGGUUUAGAGAGUGGCUGUAUAUGUGUAUCAUAUUCUCGCUUGUUGGCUGCGUUGAAGAAAACCAAAAAGAAAAAAAAGGGCCAUCAUUUCGUCACUCUCUUCCCCUCGAUGUAAUCUAAUAUAUAUAUUUUGUUAAUCAAAUGUCUAUUUUCCAA